AAACGGAAAGACUACAUCUCCCAGGCCGCCACGCUUUCCAGCUGGAGUCCUAGGGCGCCGACUGCUCCCCAGUUUCCGUAGGCAAGCGCCAGGCUACCGCAGCUAUUGUGCGUAGCGAUAUCGCCCUCCUCUUCCCUCUCGGGUGUCUCGGGAGGAAGGCUACGUCUCAAUUGCCGCUGGGGCUUAACCCCUCCGACGCCUAACAGGACAGCAGGCCGGCUCCCUUGGACCAGGAAGAACUCUUGGGAGCGAGAACACUCUGGUCACGCAAUCCCAGGGUGCGAGGAAGACAGCCGAAGAAGGAGCCCGAGGGCUGGGGCUCGGCACAAAGCCCUCGCCAUCAGAACCAUGGGGCAUCCCCCGCUGGAGUUCAGCGACUGCUACCUGGACAGCCCCGAUUUCCGCGAGAGGCUCAAGUGUUACGAGCAGGAGCUGGAGAGAACCAAUAAAUUCAUUAAGGACGUCAUCAAGGAUGGCAACGCGCUUAUCAGCGCAAUGAGAAAUUAUUCUUCAGCUGUUCAGAAAUUUUCUCAGACACUUCAGUCCUUUCAGUUUGAUUUUAUUGGAGACACUCUGACUGAUGACGAGAUUAACAUUGCUGAAUCCUUCAAGGAAUUUGCUGAAUUGCUCAACGAAGUAGAAAAUGAGAGGAUGAUGAUGGUACACAAUGCUAGUGAUUUGCUGAUUAAACCCCUGGAAAAUUUUCGGAAGGAGCAAAUAGGCUUUACCAAGGAGCGGAAAAAAAAAUUUGAAAAGGAUGGUGAGAGGUUUUAUUCCUUGCUGGAUCGGCACUUACAUCUAUCUUCCAAAAAGAAAGAAUCUCAGUUACAAGAGGUAUGUUCAAAAAGCCUGUUCCCAUCUUCCUUUGCCGGCUGUGUCUUG